CUGAAGAAAUGCAGAACCCAUCCUUGCCAUCUGUCAGGAUCGUCGAGGUAGGGCCACGAGAUGGCUUGCAAAACAUCCGGGAAUCGAUUGACAGCGCCACCAAAGUGGAACUGAUUCGUCGACUCCGGGGUACCGGCUUGCAAACCAUCGAACUGACCUCCUUUGUUUCCCCGAGGGCUAUUCCCCAGCUAGCCGACGGCCGUAAAAUCGUACAAAACUCCUCCAUUCAACAACUUAUACAAGAUCCAGGUCUACGGCUUCCAGUUUUAGUUCCCAACAUCAAGGGACUCCAGAGCGCGCUAGAGAUCGGCGUGAAGGAAGUUGCGGUGUUUGUCAGUGCAAGUGAGGGGUUUAGUAAGGCCAACAUUAACUGCUCUGUGGAUGAAGGUCUAGACAGAGCCCAACUAGUGGCGUACGAAGCCGCUAGGGCUGGGGUUGCUGUCCGAGGUUACGUCUCAUGUAUAUUCGAAGAUCCUUAUGACGGUCCAACUGCCCUUUCGUCCGUCCUUCGAUGCACAAGAGCUUUACUGGAAAUGGGCUGCUAUGAAGUUAGUCUGGGCGACACUUUAGGCAUAGGAAGUCCUGCGGAUGUGAGGAAUUUGCUUGAAUAUCUCCAGAGCAAUGGUGUCCCUCUAGAGAAAUUGGCAGGUCACUUCCAUGACACCUACGGUGGAGCAAUGGCCAAUGUAUGGGAGGCAUACAACUGCGGUGUGCGCGUGUUUGAUAGUAGUGUCGCUGGCCUUGGGGGCUGUCCAUUCGCUCCCGGGGCCAAGGGCAAUGUGGCGUCCGAAGAUCUCGUCUACAUGUUUCAGCGAUCGGGAGUGGAUACGGGUAUCAAUCUGUCAAAGCUAGUAUCUACCGGCGUUUGGAUAUCCACUCGACUCUCGAAGGAAAAUUCCAGCCGAGCAGGCACAGCCCUAGCGGCUAAGCAGCAGUCCACCUUUGCUUCGAAGAACCCCCCCUCACUCUCGUGGAUUUUGGGAAGAGAAACCGAAGGAGUGCAGUUGUUCCGGUCGGGAGUUAAUUUGAAGAUUAUCUUGAACCGACCGAGGAAUGGAAACGCUCUCACGACUGCAAUGAUUUCGGAGGUGACAUUUGCAGUGAAGAAUGCUGCGGACGACCCAUCGAUCUCGCGCAUCAUCCUUGUCGGCAAUGGGCAGUUCUUUUGUACCGGAAUGGACCUAGCAAGAGGUAGUACGCCGGUUGGCCAGGGACACUCAAGUAGUGACGCGCAAUAUGAGAGACUCGUGAAUCUUUUCGAAGCCAUUGACCAGUCGCCCAAGGUAACAAUCGCAUGUCUAAACGGACCAGCGUUUGGUGGUGGGGUCGGGCUCGCCUUUGCAUGCGAUAUUAGGAUUGCUGUUACAAGUGCAACUGUGACGCUCAGCGAGGUCAAGCUGGGACUUUGUCCCGCAACGAUUUCCAAAUAUGUUAUCCGCGAAUGGGGAGUGGCAUUUGCGCGUGAAGCAAUGCUCACUGCGCGAUCGGUAACCCCUGAGGAGCUGAAGGCACGAGGCCUUGUGGCGCAAGUUGCGAAUAGUGUGGAAGAAUUGCACCUACAUCUGGACAGGCUACUAACCCAUCUGAAAGCCACGUCGCCGGCUGCGUCCUGCCUGACGAAAGACCUGGUUAGACUGGCAUGGGCACAUGCAGGCCAGGAAGAGCAAACGCGAGGUAUCAAAGCCUUGUUCGAAGCUAUGAUGCGCCCCGAUACAGACGGAUCACACGGGGUCAAGGAGUUCCAGGCCAAACGACCGGUUGAUUGGGACAAUUAUACCCUUCAACAGCAGUUGAAACCCAAGCUCUAAGAUCCUCUUAUUGCCGUUGUUAUCUUGGUAUUAACUACUAGGGGUGUUUUGAUGUAUGUGAAUCGAGACAUAUACAUGCACAUGAUAAUACUGGUAGCCAGAUAUUACAGAAGCUACUAUAAACAAAUCCAAGCCCUAAACAACUCUUCUAAAACAUAUAUAUAUAUCCUUCC